GGUUUUUAUUUUUUCUUCUGAAAGUUAUGAAUGUUGAUGGUUGUUCCUGAUGUGCUCUGUGUUUCAGCGGUUCAGGAUCUCUGGGAUGUGACGUACUCUUCUAAGCAGAUCUGUGCCCGUAAAGGAUCGACUGUGGAGAUGAGCUGCACCUUUCCAUACCCAGAGGGAAUAAACGAGGAAGUUAACACACUUCAGGAAACAUUUUGGUCUACUGAUGAGCCUGAAUAUAAAGUGGAUGUUAAAGAAGACUCCAAGUAUUCAGGCCGUGUGCAGAAUACCUGUGUGGGGAACAACUGUACUCUGAGAAUCACAGACGUGAGAGAGACAGACACGGCUUUCUACAGGUUCAUAUCGAAAACAAACAUCAGCAGAUAUUUAAUUAGAUCUGGGGUCGUCCUGACUGUCACAGAUCUCCAGGUGCAGGUGAUCAGACUUGCGGCUCGACUCUUCUUUAUGUGUCUCAACGGAUGUUCUGAUGAAACCAUCUGGUUCAAGAAUGGAAAGGAAAUCAAAAAUGAAACAUCAGAUCUUUAUUCAUCAGAGCAGGUUCUUCAGACAGACAGUUAUUCCUGUGCUGUACGAGGACAUGAGAAGUUCCCGUCUCCUCCAGUGUAUGCUCCAAAGCCUCCUUCUGUGUCAGUGAGUUCCCACGAUGAGAUAGUGGAGGGCACUUCAGUCAAUCUGACCUGCGGAUGGACCUCUAAACCCUAA